AUGGCGCAUCCCAACGGACAACAGGCUUAUUACGGCCAGCCCAGCAACCCCCCGGUCUCAAGACCAUCGUCAGGUCGCUACGAAAGUUAUGCACCCCAACGAAAUCCCACGCAGAGCCAGCAGCAGCCCAGGCGAAUGCCCAGCUUCAAUAGCGGCGAUGACUCCCAUCUCUUCAAUGCCGCUCGAACACAUAAUACGAGAGCGACCGAUGCCAACGCCCAAUACUCCGUGGGCAGUGGGCAGGUAGGCGGCGGUGCGCAAGGGAGUUACAAUCCAGCAUAUGGGGGUUAUGAGGAUGGCGCGAACACCGUAUACACCGGGUUUUCGCAACCUUCCCCAGAUACGUCGCGUAUGUCGCCGACCCGCGCAGCAUCGCAGUCCGCCGCCAUGUCGUACCAAUACCAAUCCGUGAAUCAACCUGCCUAUAAUCCGCAACAAUAUGCCCUUCCGCAAUCUCAAACCCAACCAAACCUAAGUUAUAAUCCCUCGUCCUACGCCGCUUCCAGCAAUGCCUCCUAUACCAGCUCUAGCCAUCAACCAUACAAUCCAGCACUUUAUCAGCCGGCCGCCGUUGCUAGCCUCUCUUCUCCAACGAUCGCGCGUCGGCCUAGUGAGGCCUCGCCGUACGGACAGGCUCCUCCAACCCCACAAUCAUACGGUUUUCCUUCCCAACUACCGCCAAUGCCUCCACCCCGUGCGCCGGAUCACCCUUAUGGAGGUCGCUCUCCAUACGGGUCGUCACCUGGCGCGUCAAGCCAGCAGUAUACGACGGCCGCCUCGCCUGCCUACCAGACAGUUUCAUCACCGAUAACAACAUCAUACGCGACCUCGAACUCUCCCGCGGGUACUUAUCUGCCCCAGACUUACUUGCCUGUGUCCCAUGGCUUCGGAACCGAUUCUCCAUACCCCUCCAUACCGCCGUUCAAUAGCCAUUUCGAUGAACAACCCCCCGCACCUCCAGUACAUCAACCGCAAACCAAUGGAAUUUACAAUAAGCGGCCCAGUGUAUCCCAUGCUGGCCGCUCUCUCCCUAUCCCGCCCGUACAGCAAGACUUGCCCAUUCUACCUCCGCGACGAACGGAUACUUUGACAAGACAUCCGCAGGCCAGGCCUCUUCCGGGACCACCGGUUGACACCGAACCAGACACUCGGAGUAGCGACGAUAUGUUGAAAGAAAUCAAUGACGCGGUGAUGGAUACGCAGACCAGCUUUCGGCGUCACAGCUCGCGAACAUCACAUCAUAGCUUAGGCCUAUCACCAGAUGAGUCGCAGAUCCAUACGCAUCGCUACGAGAACGUGGACGGCGAGAGUAGAGACGACGAGGACUUUGGUAGUGAUCCAGAGGCCGAGGCUGGUCUAGCUAUGAUGCAGGAGGCUGAGGAACAAGAGAGGGCGCGGGAAGAGCACCAACGAGCUCGGCGCAAGACAGAUGCUUCCGUUAUUUCACGCGGGUCCUUUACAUCCACUCGAGGUCCUUCCCCUCGUGCUGGGGCACCAGAGAACGAAUUCAGCGGUCAUGAUCUGGCAGCUUAUGAGGGUGGGUAUCAAGGAAAUAUUCAUUAUGGAGACCAGCACCUAUACAACCCCGAGGAAUAUCUGGAUCCUCUCAGUGGUGGUGGCUUGACGGGCCGAUCAGACUCUUUCAGGAGCUCUGACAUGUCUGCGGAUGAACGGGGGGAUUACGUUGAACGAGGGGAUUACGAAGAAUACGACCAUCCGCAGAUCGCUUAUCAAUAUGCCGCUCGAAUGCAUCAUCUUCCACCUAAUGCGCGUGUUGACGCGGGAGGAACAGGUGGGCUCGCCACCCCGGGAGAAUAUGGUCGUCGAAUGAGCUGGGAUUAUGGCGAGGAAGGAGAAGGCUACGAGCAAGAAGAGGGUCAGUCUGGAGAAGAAAGUCCGCAUCGCGCAGCGCAUGAAGAUCUGUUCUUUCAUCCAGGCAUGCGUCCAUUACCCCCAGCUCCUGUCGAGCCAGCUGGAAACGCCGCACUUCACUCGCAUCUAAUGCCCGCCGGCACGUAUCGGCCAUCAGAGCAGGAUGAGGUUCACUCACAGUAUAGAAACCCCCCCGUUCCGGCGUCUGCGGACUCAUAUGGAGAGCCCUUACUUAGUCCAUCCCAAGUCCCGCGAUCGUCAUCUUUGUCGACCCCGAUUGGACCUCGUACUGAUGCUCCUAUCAGGUCAAAGACCGAUGCGGACCGAGAAAAAUACAAGCAGCAGCAGGACUUUCUCUGGCAGCUUCACAACAAAGACCUCCCCGAGGUUGAUCCAGCCGCAGCGGCUGCUUCAAUGGCUCUUGAUCUGCCAGAUAUCCCUGUUGGUCGUCGCAAGAAGUUCACUCCUGCCAAACUGUCGUCUGAACAAUUCAAGAAAUGCACUGAACCCUGGGCUCUUAGUUCCAUCCUUUCCUGGGUCCGGGAUUUGAGUGAGGAUGAGACAGAUCUUCGCGAGCAGGCUAUUGUUGAUGCUAUUGUUGCACUGUUUACCCACAAGGUCCCAACCAUGAAUAUUGCGGAUGCUGAGACUCUCGCUGCCCGUGUAGUUGGCAGCAUGCUUGGGCAGGGAGCCCUUGUGAAAGAAGAGGAAUGGGUCAAGUUCAGCAGGGGAACUCUUUCUGGUGUUCUGUUCCAAAUCACUGGCACUGGCUGUUACUCGCCCAAGUUGCAUGAGCAAGAACUGCACAUCCAAGACACAGAUUCAUUUGGAAGGUGCUAUUCUCACCACUGCAUGAGGACAUUGAAAAAAGUCAACUUGAAAGCGCAGAUGAUGGCACCUCAAAAGAAGAUCGAGGAUUGGGUGACUUUCUAUAAGGUCCCUAAGGAAACCUGGGAGUCAUACCCUAAAAAAGAGAUUGAUCGCCAGAACAACUUGCACGAGAUUGUCACCACCGAAGACGCGUACAUUGGCCAGUUGGAUGUUCUACGAGAGCUCUACCGUGACCAACUAGCCAACAUGAAUCCUCCAAUUAUCCCUCCCAAACGCCUGUCCAGAUUCUUGUCUGAUGUGUUUGGUAAGGUCGACGCAGUCAAAAAGGUCAAUGAGGAUUUCUUGCUGGCGCAGCUCAAGUAUCGUCAAAAAGAACAGGGUCCAUUUAUCGCGGGAUUCAGCGAUAUUUUCCGAGAAUGGAUUCGGAAAGCUAAGACUGUUUACAUUGAUUAUGCUGCCACGUUCCCGACUGCAAACUACUAUGUGCGCAAGGAAGCCGAGCGGAAUGUCCAUUUCAAGCAAUUCCUCAACCAGGUUCGCGAACAGAAGCAGUCCAAUCGACUAAGCUGGGACACUUUCCUCAAGGCCCCGAUCACGCGAAUUCAGCGAUACACCCUUUUACUUGCCACUGUACACAAGAAUAUGGUUAAGGAUUCUGAGGAAAAGUUCAAUGUCGCACAGGCCAUUGAGGAAAUCAAGAUUGUGGCCUUGGAAUGUGAUAAUAAAGUUGGCGAGAUGAACAAGAAGGCCGAUCUGAUCGAACUUUCGGCCAAGUUGCAAUUGCGACCAGAGAUGAAGAAGGAAGUUGAGCUCAAUCUUGAACACCUGGGUCGUGAAAUUGUUUUCCGCGGCGAUCUCCAACGCCCUGGAACCCGGACGCGAUUCCUUGUUGACACCCAUGCCAUUCUUUUCGACCACUAUCUCGUUCUUGCGAAAUCAUUUACCACACGAGACCCAUCUCGAACAAUAAAGUACGAACGGUAUGAUGUGUCUAAGCUUCCCAUUCCCAUGGAUUUGCUGGCACUGGAGAGUACCAAUGACGAUCCAGUGGUCAAAUCAUCCAUGCGGGGCGUUGCAACUGUUGCGCCUGCCCAGGCUGGUCUGAACCAGGCGGGGCCGGGAGCUGCCUUGAAUGGACCUACGGCAAGCCUUGACUCGAAAGAUGAUAAGAUUCUUUACCCGUUCAAGAUCAAGCAUCUUGGAAAGAAUGGCACCUAUAUUCUGUAUGCUUUCUCUGCUCAAAGCCGUGCUGAAUGGUGCCAAAAAAUCAUCGAGGCGAAGACUAAGCAUGCUGCGGCUUUGUUCUCUCAGAAUGCGGAGCCAUUCCGACUGCGCGUUCUCGCGGACACCGCGUUUGCUUAUAGUGAUCAGACCGUUGGCUCGAAGAGUGUCACCAUUAAGGGAACGCCUCUCCAUCGUGCAAUUAAGGGGGUCGAGAAGCAAUAUAAGGAUUCUGGGCCUCGGCCUACGCCAAUCUGCAGAACCUCCGUCAAUUGUGCUACGGUCUUUCAACAGCCUCCUGGCCGGAUGAUGUGUGCAAUUGGAACCGACUAUGGAGUAUACAUGUCUGAUGUCAACAAUCCUCGUGGCUGGUAUCGGGCAAUUCCCAUUAUGCGUGUCACUCAAAUCGCUGUGUUUGAAGAGUUCAAUUUAUUCCUUCUUAUCGCCGAUCGCUCUCUCAUCGCAUACCAUCUUGACGUGGUUUGCCCUGCGAAUGGGAAUGCGACAACUCAGUCACAAGACUCCGCUCGGCGGGCUCCACAAAAACUGUCCGGUAAUCGCGAAGUAGGGUUCUUCGCGGCGGGACGCAUGAAGGACCGAUACUUGGUUCUCUACAAAAAACGUGACGGUCUAUCAUCCACCUUUAAAGUUCUCGAGCCCGUGAUCCAGAAGUCAUCAUCCAGCAAAAGUCGACUAUUCCAGUCGCGACGCUCACAAACCGAGUUCUUCCGUGAAUACGACGAAUUCUAUAUUCCCGCGGAAAGCUACGGUAUCAACAUGUUCCACUCCUCCCUCGCCAUUUCGACCCAGCGUGGCAUUGAAGUCCUUACCCUGGACAAGAAGCAAUCUUGGUCUGUCCCUGAUUUCCGCUCCGAAACUACACCCGACGCAGUUGAUACGCUGCACGGCAUUGCCCACCGCAUCAAAGAUCUUCGCCCGCUCGGCAUGUACCGGCUCAGCGAUAGCGAGUUCCUUGUUGCGUAUGAGGAAUGUGCUGUGUACGUCAACAAGCAUGGUGACGUCUCGCGUAGCGUAGUAAUGGAGUUCGUGGGCAGUGCCCACACCGCCUGUCUUCAUGGCAAGUUCCUUAUUCUUUUCAAUGACGAUUUUGUUGAGGUUCGCAAUGCAAUGAAUGGUCGCUUGAGACAGGUCAUACCCGGUCAUAAUGUCGUCUGUCUUGACGAUGGCAGCAAGUUGCCCGGUUCCUUUGGUCAGGCCAAUGCAAGUGGUAUUGGGGCUCAGAGCAGCUUCAAUGGUGCCAAUGGCAUCUCGACGAACCAGCACACUGUCAAGAUCUGCAUGCAACAUCCUGAAUAUGAACGCAGCCAAAUCGUCUUGGAGCUAGUUGAAAAUGAAGGGCAAAAGGAUUAA